CAAUCAGCGUCUGCUUUCUCUCAGCAAAACCAUCUGAUCAUUUGGUGUUUAGAUGAUUAUGGAAUUUACGAGUGAGAAUUUUUCGAUGGCUGGUCAUCAGUCGAAGGGGAAUGAGUACUACAUGGGAGCAGGAGAGACUCUGGAGCAAGUUAUGGAAAGCAUGGAGGGAGGACCGUUCUAUAGCAAGAACUCUUCCAAACGCAUUCAAGCCUUCAUCAAUAUGGAAAGCAGCGAGCAACACGAGAGCGUUGGGAAAGCAACUCUUCACGGAGAAAGUGCCAAUGUAAAUUAUGGGGUUUCCAAACCAAUGGGUCAGCCUCUGUGCACGGACCUGUCAAGACCCAUCGAAAACUAUUGCAACAUGAAGGUUUCUCCUCCCAAAGGGCUGGAGGAGAAACACGGUAUGGAUCAGACAGCUGACAAGAGCGACUCGAAUGUCUCCAGUACAAAGAAGCGAAGGAACAGGACCACUUUCACCAGUUUACAGCUGGAGGAGCUGGAGAAGGUGUUCCAGAAAACCCACUACCCAGAUGUGUAUGCCCGGGAACAGCUGGCUCUGCGCACAGAGCUCACCGAGGCCAGAGUGCAGGUUUGGUUUCAAAACAGAAGAGCAAAAUGGAGAAAGAGGGAGCGUUAUGGACAAUUACAACAAGCCAGGAGCCACUUUGCAACCUCUUAUGAUGUUUCUCUUUUACCCAGGACAGAGAGUUACUCACAGCUGCAGAACAGUUUGUGGGCAGGAAAUAACUCCACAGCCUCAUCGGUUUCAUCUUGUGUUUUACCACGCGAAACAUCUCCCUGUAUGACGCCCUAUCCACACUCUCACAGAAAUGGCAGUGCCUACAUGGGGAUGUCUAAUCAUCAAAAUCAGUUCAGUCAAGUUGCUCUGAACAACCUCUUCAAUGACUCUGCACAUUCGGGCUCACCCGACGGACAUGCAUUUGAGGCGAGGCCCGAGUGCGAACGGAGAUCAUCAAGUAUCGCUGUUCUUCGAAUGAAAGCCAAGGAACACACUGCUAACAUAUCUUGGGCCAUGUAAUUGGAGCUCAGUGAAAACAUGAGACAAACCAUCCGUCGACAUUGUUCCUGUGCCUUGUUUUGGGGGAAAAUAAGCUGCUACAUACACCUGCAAACAGAAAAUCAUCAUAACCACAUGGAUGAGAGUAAUGUGCAGGUCAUUUUGUGCUUGGCAACUUUGUUUAGAAUAGAGAGAACCCAGAACUGAAACUC